AUGGUGGCCCAUCAGGAAUCUUCUACCGUCGCCGCUGCGGCCUUCCUCGCCAGCACUGUGCCAAACGGCGCGAAUGGCGUGAUGGCGAACAGUUGUGAAAGUGACGGACCUGUCGCGAAUGGGGUUACCAUCGCCAACGCUGUCGCAAACGUGGAGAACGCCUUCAACGAGUUGAAGAAAACGAUCGUGAACGUCGCAGCCAACAGCAUCGUUUCGGUGGAGGGGAAGAAGAACAAAGCGGAGAAAGUGGAUGAGGGGAAGGAGAAAGAAGCAGUGAGUGUCAUUGUGGAGAAUGCGGAGAAAAUGGAGGAGGACGAUAAUUACGAGGAGGAGGAAGAGGAGUAUGAGCUUCCGUUGAUAGCAGAUGAACCUGAUUCGAUCGACGCCCGCGACGCGAACACGCCUGACAAGUGGAUUCCUCGUCACCCCUCUCUCGUGCGCCUAACCGGAAAGCACCCCUUCAACUGCGAGCCGCCGCUCUCCCGCCUCCUAACCUCCGGCUUAGGCUCGGGUUACGCCUCGGAUUCAGGCUCGGCGGCAGGCUCGGCGGCUCUCCCCUCGCGGUCCGAUCCAGCCUCGGGGUUCAUCACUCCCGUGCCUCUCCAUUACGUUCGGAACCACGGCUACGUGCCGCGCCUGGAUUGGUCCACGUGGCGAAUCGACAUCUCCGGUCUAGUCAGCAAGCCUGCCAGCCUGUCAAUGGCAGAUCUGCUCGCGAUGCCUUCCAGGAAGCUUCCUGUGCUGCUGGUCUGCGUGGGGAACAGGCGGAAGGAGCAAAACGCGGUGAAGCAGACGAUUGGGUUUAGCUGGGGAGCGGGAGCCGCGGCGACGACGGUGUGGAAGGGUGUUUUGCUAAGAGACGUGCUUAUAAAGUGCGGCGUUCAGCUAAAAGGGAAGAACGCGGGGAAAUUCGUGUGCUUCGAAGGGGCGGAAACGCUGCCGGGUGGAGGGGGGAGUACUUACGGAACUAGCAUGGAUUUAUGGAGGGUAAUGGAUCCUGCGAACGAAGUUCUCCUGGCGUACGAGCAAAACGGGCAGGAGCUUUCCCCGGACCACGGGUUUCCGGUCAGGGUUAUUAUCCCUGGAUUUAUCGGCGGGCGGAUGGUCAAGUGGCUGAAAAAAGUGGAAGUUACCCGGGAGGAAUCGCAAAACUACUACCAUUUUCACGACAACCGCGUGCUACCUUCGCAUGUCGAUGCCGAGACUGCUAUGAAGGAUGGAUGGUGGCGCAAAAAGGAGUAUAUUUGCAACGAGUUGGCGAUUAACUCUGCCAUAGUUAGUCCGGACCAUGGGGACGUGGUGGCUAUGGAGGGCGGCGCGGGCCGGCAGGUAGUGACGAUGAAGGGGUAUGCGUACUCGGGCGGCGGCAGGAGGGUGACACGUGUCGAGAUCACAUUGGACGGCGGGAACACGUGGCGGCUGUGCGAUAUCACCCACCCCAGCCCUCCCACUCGCCACGGCAAGCACUGGACGUGGAGCCUGUGGGCGACUGAGGUGCCGGUGGUCGAUCUGGUGGGGGUGAGCGAGGUGGCAGUGCGGGCUUGGGAUGAGGCCACCAACACACAGCCUGAUAAGCUGACGUGGAAUGUCAUGGGCAUGAUGAACAACUGCUGGUUCCGAGUGCGAGUGGCCCCCACGGUGACCCCAGCAGGCUCCAUCGGCCUUCAGUUCAUCCACCCCACCCGCCCCGGCAACCUCGCUGGCGGCUGGAUGUAUGAUGCCCCGGGGGAGGGUCAAGGCAAGCUGGUGGCAGGCUCACCAGCAGGAGGCUCAACUGCUGCUGUUCUCAAGGCUGCUGCUGUGCCUGCUGCUGCUGGUGCUUCUCAGACGAAGCCAGGCCCCAUUGCCGCUCCUGCAGCUUCGGUGGCGGCGGCAGGUUCGGGAGAGAGGUCCGGUGCGGCUGUUCGGAAGAUUUCAAUGGCUGAGAUCGAGCGGCAUGCGGACGAAUCCUCACCGUGGAUCGUGGUGCAUGGGAGGGUGUAUGAUUGCACCAGGUUUCUCAAGGACCAUCCGGGCGGCAGCGAGAGCAUUACCAUUAAUGCGGGCACGGAUGUUACGGAGGAGUUUGAGGCGAUACACUCGGAGAAGGCUAAGAAGAUGCUCGAGGAGUACUACAUAGGGGACGUGGCGGGAGAGGGCGAGGAGGAGGGGACUGAGUCCGCUCCUGCUGCUGCUGCUGCUGCUGCUGCUGCUGCUGCUGCUGCAACGCCUUCUCCCAUCCCCGCCUCUCCUGCUCCCGCCCAUCCCACCACGCUCGACCCCAAGAAGCGAAUCCCCGUGCCUCUCCUCUCCAAGACUGCCCUCUCUCCGGACGUUCGUCGCUUCCGAUUCGCCCUCCCCUCGCCCAAUCACAUCCUCGGGCUCCCGGUCGGCAAGCACUUGUUUGUUUGUGCCAAGGUGGGUGGCAAACUGGUGAUGCGCGCGUACACGCCGACCACCUCGGACGAAGACGGGGUGGGGUAUUUCGACCUGGUGGUGAAGGUCUAUUUUAAGGGGGUAGUUCCGCAGUUUCCCGACGGCGGGGUUAUGUCACAGCACUUGGAGUCACUAUCCAUCGGUGAUACUAUCGAGAUUAAGGGACCUUUGGGUCAUAUAGAGUAUCUCGGGCAAGGAAAGUUCCUGGUAAGUGGGGAGGAGAAGCAGGGGAAGAAGCUGGCUAUGCUGGCGGGAGGCACCGGAAUUACCCCUAUUUAUCAGGUGGCAAAAGCGAUUCUGGCCGAUCCGGAGGAUAAGACGGAAAUGUGGGUACUGUUUGGGAACAGGAGUGUAGCAGAUGUGCUGCUACAAGACGAAAUGGACCGGUGGGUUGAACAGUACCCGGGAAGGUUCCAUGUGUGGUACACUAUUUGCGAGCCUGUGCCUGAAGGGUGGAAGUAUGGGGUUGGGUUUGUUACUGCUGCGAUGGUCAAUGAGAGGCUGCCAUGUGGCGGAGAGGAUAGCCUGGCGCUGAUGUGUGGCCCUCCGCCUAUGAUUAGGGCGAUGACCCCUCUGCUCGAGGGGAUGGGAUACUCGAGUGAUCGCAUGUUGACGUUCUGA